ACCCUCCACCCCUCGAUGGGCCAACAUCCUCUUGGUGUGAGCCGAGUUGACUUGCAGGAAGUUAUUUUAAGGGGCUUGCCUGUCACAGUUGUUGUCUCAGUCACCAGAGUCCUGUUGGACCCAUUUCACUUCUCUCUCCCCGCUGGACCUGCCACAUCUGUGAAAAUGGAGACCAAUGUCCAGUCUGCUGCAGAGGUCAUUCCAGCCCAGACCAGGGUGACUCCACCACAGUCCCCAGUCACCACAGAGACCCAGGUCCCUCCACCGCAGGCCCAGGAGGCCCAGCACAUGGACCCCAUGGAGGAGUUUGGUCGUCAGCUGGAGGAGAUCAUCAACACCUAUGGCUCCGCAGCCAGCCUGAUAGAGAAACAGUGCAUCGUCCUGGAAACGGAGGAGGUGGACGAGGAGGCCAGCAGAGAGGAAGGUGAUGAAGUCACAGCCACCAAGGAUGCCAGCACGGACAAGGACACAAAGAAGUUGCUGAAAGCCUUAGGAAAGGAGGGCACGCUACUAAUGCAAAGUUUGAACAAGCUGCACACACCACAGGAGAAAUUGGAUGCUCUCCUCAAGAAGUAUGCCGAACUGCUGGAGGAGCGUCGGGGGGAACAGAAGCAGCUGAGGUUCCUGCAGAAGAAGCAGGGCCAUGUGGGGAAGGAGAGGGACCAGCUCCAGUGCGAGCACAGCAGAGCCAUCCUGGCCCGCAGCAAACUGGAGGGGCUCUGCAGGGAGCUCCAGAGGCACAACAAGACCCUCAAGGAGGAGACCCUAGCUCGUUGUCGUGAGGACGAGGAGAAGCGCAGGGAGAUCACCACUCACUUCCAGAGCACACUGACAGACAUCCAGGCUCAGAUCGAGCAGCACAGUAACCGCAACAACAAGCUGUGUUUGGAGAAUGCCAACCUGGCAGACAAACUCAAACACAUCAUCAGCCAGUACGAGCAGAGAGAGGAGAGCUUGGAGAAGAUCUUCAAGCACCACGACAUGCAGCAGAAACUGUCUGAUGCCAAACUGGAGCAAGCCAACGCACAGCUGCAGGAGGCUGAUGAGAAGCACAAGAGAGAGAAGGAAUACUUACUGGUACACGCAGCUGAGUGGAAACUACAAGCUAAACUUCUGAGAGAGCAGGAGACAGUCAUGCAGGCUCAGCUUGUUCUGUACUCCCAGAAGUUUGAAGAGUUCCAGACUACGUUGUCUAAGAGCAACGAUGUGUAUGCCAGCUUCAAAAAUGAAAUGGAGAAGAUGACAAAGAAGAUGAAGAAACUAGACAAAGAGUCAAAUGUUUGGAAGACCAGAUUUGAGAGCACAAACAAGGCUCUCUCUGAGAUGAUUGAAGAGAGGACUCUGAAGGAGAAUGAAUAUGAGAUGUUCGUUGUGAAGAUUGACAAGCUGGAGAGGCUCUGCCGAGCACUCCAGGACGAGAGGAAGAUCCUGUACUCCAAGAUCAAAGGCAUCCGUCAAACCCCUAACGUCCCCGAGGGGACACCCAAGGACGAGACACAGGAGCAGGCCACUGAACCAGCCCACAGCCUUAUGGACAUAGUUGAGGAGCCAGAGAUGACAGAGGAGAUGUCCCGUCUGAGAGCUGAGCAGAACAGGCUGGCGGAGUUCGCCGCCUCUCUACUGGCCCCGUCAACAGGAGACAAUGAUGACGAUGACUCUGACAGCGAGGAAGAGCCAGAGUCUACAGAACCGGCUGAGGCCCAGAACAUCUCUGAACCAACACAGGCCCCAGCACAAGUACAGGUAGAGGCACCAGCAAAGGCAGAGGAACCAGCACAUGCAAAGGCACCAGCACAGGCUCCCUCACAGAUAAUAGCACCAGCACAGGCUCCAUCACAGGUAGAAGAACCAGGACAGGCUCCCUCACAGGUAGAAGCACCAGCACAGGCACCCUCACAGGUAGAAGCACCAGCACAGGCUCCCUCACAGGUAGAAGCAGUAGAAGCACCAGCACAGGCUCCCUCACAGGUAGAAGCACCAGCACAGGCUCCAGCUCAAGUAGAGGCACUAGCACAGGCUCCCUCACAGGUAGAAGCACUAGCACAGGCUCUCUCACAGGUAGAAGCACCAGCACAGGUUCCCUCACAGGUAGAAGCACCAGCACAGGCUCCCUCACAGGUAGAAGAACCAGUACCUGCUCCCUCACAGGUAGAAGAACCAGUACAGGCUCCCUCACAGGUAGAAGCACCAGCACAGGUUCCAGCUCAAGUAGAAGCACCAGUCCAGCCAGAGCCCCCAAAACAGCCAGAGCCCACUGCCAAGAAGCAGACACCAAAGAAGAAGAAUGCAAGGAAGACCAGCUGAACCGAUAAAUGUGUCAUUGUGUGAUCGUUAGUGCUGUAGUCCCUGUGCCUGGUGUUAUGGUUGAGAUAUCUAAUCCAGCUUGGUUUGUCUAUAUACUGGUGUAUCUAAAGUCAUGGCGUGCAGUAGAAGUAUGUUUAAGUUGUAUAGCAGAUGACGACAGACAGAGAUUUACUGUUUUCUACCAUUUAGAAAUACACUGGCAUAACCAAAGAAUGGGCAGCAAGGUUAUUCAGGACAUUGCAGCCUAAAAACCUUUCAAUGCCAAAUGUGGUUUGCAAAACAGCAUCAUAAAAGCCACUGUCUUUUUUUCCCAUCUGAACCCUAUAAUGUAACUUCAAUAAAUAUCUGAUUGAAAAUGA